ACUGGCUUGACAAGUUUUCCAACCCUGGUCAAAUUAAUAUAAAGCUAGUGGGAGAAUUAAAAAGGAAGCUAAGUUAAUUUAGCCAUUUUCGCUCCUUAUUUGUUUGGCUCUGGUUUGCUAUAAUAAACUGCUAAUAAUGCUGGAUAACCUUGUGGAAUUUGCCAGUUACUGGUGGUUUCGCUACCUCAUGGUCACUGAGCUGUAUAUGUGCGAAAAGUGGGAGCGCGUAACGAUACACGUCAUCUUCAUGGUACUGUUUUGCGUGUUCUGGUACUUCAACUACUCCAUCCUGCUUUCAAUAACGGGAUUGAUUACCCCCGGUGCGUCCAUUGCGGAUAUAAUGCCAAAUGUACAAGGCCAGACUCUCAAGGUCACCUAAUUGGCCGCAACCGUUGUUUUCGUUCUUAAUAUUCAAAUAUGUAUCUUUGUAUCUGCAAUUGUGCCUGCCUCUACACAAGCUUUAUCUAAUCCACAUGCAUACCAAUCGCCGGAACAUCGGUUCAGAAGGCGGUAUGACAUACCUAUGUAUGUCAAAAAUUCCCAGUAAUCGCCAGCUGAUCCGAACUAGAAUCUGAAGUGGACAACACCCGGCGACUGUCCAGUAGUACAAGGCGACACCUGCAGCGCCGCACUGUUUAAAGUAGUCGUUAUCUAGCCUUAGUUACAUGUAGUAAACAAGUAAACAAAAUAAUAAAUAAAUGCUUUUCAAAAUGGCAUUGUAUCUUUUGUAAACA